AUGUCCCAGCGGGUGAGGCGCAAUGGGUCCCCCACGCCGGCCGGCUCCCUCGGGGGCAGUGCGGUCGCCACGGCCGGGGGAUCCGGGAGCCGCCUGCAGCCCAUGAGGGCGACGGUUCCGUUCCAGCUGAAGCAGCAGCAGCAACAUGGCAGCCCCACGCGGAGCGGCGGCGGCGGCGGCGGCGGCAACAACAACGGCGGCUGCUGUGGUGGCGCCUCGGGUCCCUCGGGCGGCGGCGGCAGCGGCGGCGGGGCCCCGCGCACCGCCUCGCGCAGCACGAGCCCCACUCGGGGCGGCGGGAGUGCGGCCGCGCGCACCAGCCCCACGGUGGCCACGCAGACGGGCGCGUCCGCCACGUCCACGCGAGGCACCAGCCCCACGCGCGCCGCCGCGCCUGGGGCCCGCGGAAGCCCCCCACGGCCGCCGCCGCCGCCGCCGCUGCUGGGAACCGUGUCGUCGCCCUGCUCGUCGCCCACCCACCUGUGGACUGGAGAGGUGAGCGCGGCCCCACCCCCGGCCCGCGUCCGGCACCGGAGGAGGUCCCCGGAGCACAGCCGAAGCUCCCCGGAGAGGAGGAGCCCGAGCGCCCCGGUUUGCAAAGCAGGGGACAAAACGAGACCGCCUUCCUCCAGCCCCUCUAGCAUCAUCCGCCGAACCUCCUCCCUGGACACGCUCGCUGCUCCCUACCUCGCAGGGCACUGGCCUCGGGAUGGUCAUGGGCAAGCUACUCCUUGCAUGAGGGACAAGGCCACCCAGACAGAGAGUGCAUGGGCUGAAGAAUACUCUGAAAAGAAGAAAGGGUCUCACAAACGUUCAGCAUCGUGGGGCAGCACAGAUCAGCUUAAGGAGAUUGCAAAAUUACGCCAGCAGUUGCAGAGAAGUAAACACAGCAGUCGGCAUCAUCGAGAUAAAGAAAGACAGUCUCCAUUCCAUGGCAACCAUGCAGCUAUUAACCAGAGUCAGGCUCCCGUUCCAAAGAGUGCACUUAUUCCAGUAAUUCCCAUCACCAAAUCAACAGGCUCCCGGUUCCGGAAUAGUGUGGAAGGAUUGAAUCAGGAGAUUGAGAUAAUAAUUAAAGAGACUGGGGAAAAGGAAGAGCAACUUAUACCCCAAGACAUCCCAGAUGGCCACCGCGCGCCGCCGCCGCUGGCUCAGAGAAGCAGCAGCACGCGCAGCGCCGACACGCAGACCCCCGGCGGGGCCGAGCGGGGCAGCAACGACAGCAGCCGCUCCCAGUCCGUGUCGCCCACCUCCUUCCUCACCAUCUCCAACGAGGGCAGCGAGGAGAGCCCGUGCUCAGCCGACGACCUGCUCCUCGACCCCCGGGAUAAAGAGAAUGGGAACAACUCUCCUUUGCCCAAAUACGCAACCUCACCAAAACCUAACAACAGUUACAUGUUCAAAAGGGAACCUCCUGAGGGCUGUGAGAGGGUCAAAGUCUUUGAGGAAUGCUCGCCAAAACAACUUCACGAAAUCCCAGCCUUUUACUGUCCUGACAAAAACAAGGUGAAUUUCAUUCCUAAAAGCGGCUCUGCUUUCUGCCUCGUCAGCAUCUUGAAGCCUCUCCUCCCCACGCCAGAUCUUACCCUCAAGGGCUCCAGCCACAGCCUGACCGUCACCACUGGCAUGACCACCACUCUGCUGCAGCCCAUCGCCGUGGCCUCCCUGUCCACCAGUACAGAGCAAGACCGAGUCUCUCGAGGAACGAGUACAGUCCUGCCCCCGGCCUCUCUCCUCCCCACCCCAGAACCCAUCGAGGAAGCAGAAGGAUAG